AUGGGUAAUCAGAAAAAUCUGAUGAAUUAUGUACAUAAAAAUGUAUUUUUAACUUUUAUAAUAAGAAGCAUCGAUCGUGCCGCUGACUAUAAUGACCCCGACGACAAAGAAGAAGAACAAGAAGAAGAAGAAAACGACGCCCACGACGACGAUGACGAUCGUUAUCGCAUCUUCGGUUAUGAAGAUUAUGAAGAUGAUUAUAGCGAUGAUCAAUACGAUAUCGUUAGUCUUCUCGAGGAACAAGAAGAAAUCGAGGCCACCUUCUCUCUUCUUGAUCAAAUAGAUGUAGAAUGGUUCGACUUUAACCAUAAUAAUCAACAUCAACAUUAG